AUGGUAACUGGCGUUUGCUGUGGUCGUGUAGAAUGUAUUGCUCUCGGUCCUCUUCCUUGGGAAAGUCCAGGUGGACCUGAUAGACGUGGUUGGUUUGUUGGCCACAGGCCGUAUAGCAAUAGCAAUGAUGUAUGUGAAGGUCUGACGCACGGCAAUCACCCAAAAUUGCCAAGAGCCGAGUAUUAUUAUUAUGGAAACGCAUCGUAUCACUCUUCGUUGGUCGAGAACUAUCCGAAGUCUAACAGUAGAAAGGCAGAUGUACAACAGUGGUUACGGGAUAAAAAUAUAGAUUUUUCUCCCGUAGAAACACUUAACGAGUUACGAGAAAAAGUGAAACUUUCGAUGCCACGCAGAAAAAAAUAUAAACUGGAUCAACUAACAUUCCAAAUGGGUCAUGAAGUGGUAAGGUUUCCCCCUUACCACUGUCAGUACAAUCCAAUAGAUCUAAUUUGGGCCCAAGUUAAAGGCAGAGUGGCUGAAAAAAAUUCAACAUUCAAAAUUGCAGAUGUCGAGACACUUGUGCAUAAAGAGAUCGAUGCAGUAACUCCGGAGGAUUGGGCCAAAUGUGGAGAACAUUGCGUCAAGAUUCAGGAGGAGGACUUUGUCAAGGCGGAACUAAGGGAUGAGAUAUUAGAACCAAUAAUAUUGACCAUUAAUCCUGACGAAAGCAGUUCAAGUGAAGAUGAAGACGACAAUGAAGACUAG